AUGCCGCCCCGACCAGCAGCAGCAGCAGACAACGACGACUCGUACGGAGUUGAAGACUCGGCAAACAACUCUUCCGCAGACAUCCAGUGGCGGGCACUGACUGCCGUCGUCGCAGAUGUGUCGCCCAUGCUGGACGUUCACGACGAGCUGGGAGACGUGGCCGCUGCCGAGGCGGCCGUGAUUGCCAAGGACACGGAGCGCGGCGCCAUUGUCGACAGGCUGCACGACGAGCUGCGAGUUCUCGCAGCACAGCACCACGCAGCGGCCGACGCUGCCCAGCGGCCAAAGGGCACACCGUCAGCGGCAGAACACGAGGCGGCGGUGCGGUCGUUGGAACACCAGCAGUACUCGGCCGGCAAGCAGCUCAACGAGGAACAGGGCAACGUCGCCAAGCGCGAGGUCGAGCUGGGCCGCGUCAAGGCCGAGCGCGACGAGGUCCGCCGGUGGGACGUGGCUGCGGGCGCGGGAAACGACGGCCAGGUGAUCCGCCUCCAGCUGUUCGCGGGCAUGGGCUUCAAGCUCGCGUCGGAAUCGCCCGUCAAGUUCAUUGUCCGCAACGACGCAAAGCCCGACGUACACACCGUCACGCCCCCGCAGACGGCCGACCCGGCCCAGAGGGUACACUAUGCCAACCGCCUCUGGGACCUGGCCGGUGAGUGA